GAAAGAAAUGCGUGUUCGUAUUUGAGUAGUAGGGCUUAGUCCUGUCGGAAUUAUCAAUUUGUCCCGAUGCUAGUACCUAGAAGUCCACUCAAAUCCAGGACGUUGCAGGACUCCUGCCACAUGUACAACACUUGGCAAUGCUGUAUGUAUAUAACGCGACUCCCCAAGUGUUUGUUUAACCAUCUGACAACGAGUUAACUGUCUUGUCACUUAGAGAUCAGAGGGAUUUACUUGUUACGGGUCACACUGCCUCUUGCCUCAGACCUGCACUCUUUCACAGCAACUCAGAUACGAGAAGAAGGAAGAUGACCACCAUGAAAGCUUUCCCCUUGUUACUAGUUGCUUUGUCCAUCUUUCUCUGCACUGCUCGAGCUACUACGCUUGACAUGAACGACCUGGACUUCAUUCCGGAGGUGCGGCAGAGGGCGGCGUUCGACAGCAAUGACUUCAUUUUCAAGUUUCAGUCGGUAACUGAGGAGACGCCAUUCGGGAACCUGAGGACCAUGUUCGUGAACGACAACCCUGCUUUGGCCACGCUUCCGGGUGAAGGAGCAGCCCAGAAUUUGGUUACGGUUGGACCUUGCGCGAUCAACCAGCCACACAAUCAUCCUCGCGCGACUGAAAUCUCUCACAUCACCGAGGGUGAACUGUUGUUCGGGUUUGCGGAAGAGAAUGGAGGACGACCCUUCAUUGGAGGAAAUGCUACAAAGGGUCAAACCGUCAUUGUUCCACAAGGUGUGAUCCAUUUCGCUCAGAAUUUGGGGUGCAAACAGGCACAGUUCAUUGCUUCCUUCCCCAACCGAGACCCAGGAACCCAAACAACAGCCUCCACAUUCUUCAGGCUGCCACUCAGUGCCAUCCGCGCCACCACCGGAUUGUCUGAGAAGGAAAUCCAAAAGAUCAUGAAGAGUGUGGCAGCCAAUCUUAACCCCUCCUUGGACAGUGAAUGUGCCAAGAGAUGCGGCAUUAAGCACUAAAUGGAUGUUGUACCAGAAUUUGAUUGAGCUGGCUCAUACCUCAUGAGUGGCCAACACUGCUUUUCAUUCUAAUAAAAGAGCAGAGUGUUUAGUCUCAUGAGUGUCAAAUAAAUUAAUUGCUGGUGACUUGUUUCCAUUGGUGACAUCAUCACAACAUGUUUUGUCACUUGAUAUUGAAACACAUGUGAUUUCAACA